UCGCAACGUUCGUGUCGCAACAAAUCGUCGUCGUCGUCAAACCUCGACCGAUCCAAUUCUGCAGAAAAUUGUAGUAUUUCAUUUCAAUGAGGAAUUCCGCAAAAAAGAGAAAAAAACAACAACAAACAAACAACGUCGCUUGUUUACUCUCCCUUCGUCCGUACUUUUCCACUUCUGUAUUUAUUAUGCAACUCGAUUGCCGCACAAUUAGUGCGCCGCGCUUUAAUUAACUUCAUAAUUAUCGUCACCGGUCGAGGCGCGAAGGAUCUCUUCAUUAUGGUGAUAAAGCACGGCCCCAAUUUGGAUUUAACCACCAAGAAGAAAGUCGGUCCGCCGACGUUGCUGUUAAAAGGGCUGAUCUACGCCUGCUUCGGGGUGAUCCUGUUGAUCUGGACGCCGUUCACGUUGAUCCUAGAUGAAAGAAUCAGAAUGCACACUAGUUUGCCUGCGUACAUUUGGUGGAAGAGUCCACCGGAACUGUUGUAUCUGAAAGCACACGUCUUCAAUUACACUAAUACGGAGGCAUGGUUCGCCGGAAUCGACGAGAAACUGAACGUGGUGGAUUUAGGUCCCAUAGUCUACAUGGAGUACCUCAGACAUACCAACGUCACGUUCAACGAUAACAGCACCAUCACCUACGUUGCCAACCACACGACCGAAUACCUACCCGAACUCAACACCAUCGACCUAGAUGAUUACAUCACAGUUCCCAACUACCCUUUACUCAGUAUACUUUCCUAUUUACACGACGCUCCGAUUUUCACGAAGUUUGCUAUGAACAUGUUGAAACUGCGUCUGGGCUCUAAAGUCUUCGUCAACGUGACCGUUCGAGAUUUCCUCUGGAACUUCUCCGAUCCGAUCAUGAAGUUGGCGAACGAAAUCGUCCCAAGUUUGGUUCCCGUCAGCAAUAUCGGCGUUUUGUCCAGGGUGUACGAGAACUUUGCUGACGUCGUGACGAUGUACUACGGAUCGGAAUCGGGACACGAGAGGUUCUCGUUAAUCGACAAAUUCAGCGGUUCCGAAUACCUUCCCAACUACAAGAAGUGCAAAGAUACAUUAGUCAAUUCCACAGAGGGAGUUACUUACAGCCAAUAUCUGACCAAGAAAUCGGUGCUCCGCUAUUGGCGGAAAACUAUCUGCAAAGUGAUGGAAUUGAACUACGAAAGUGACGUUGUUCGUGAAGGUUUGGCUGCCUAUAGGUACGUGGUGCCUGCAUCAACCUUCAACAGGACUUACCCUCCCGAAGACGAUUGCUACAAGGGCACAUACAGUCUACCGAACGGACUAACAGAUCUCUCCGCUUGCUUCUUCCAAGUUCCUCUGGCUGCCAGCUUUCCGCAUUUCCUGCACGGCGACGACAUCAUCAAGCAUUAUGUGACCGGUCUAACACCAAAUGAAAGUCUUCAUGAAUCCUUCGUAAUCGCAGAGCCUUAUUCGGGCGUUCCUCUUGAGCAGGUGGCACGAUCUCAAUCAAAUCUGAUCAUGCACAAGAUGUCAGGUUUCGGUAAGGAUAUCAGCAAGUUUAGCGAAACUGUCCUUCCUAUGUUCUGGUUGGAAUACCAUCAAAUUGGAAUACCGUCGAAUAUCCGCGUAUUCCUUUACAUCGUGACGGUGCUUUUAACGCCGCUCCAGACAAUCCUCAUUGGCGCUCUGUUCUUCGUCGCGGCUCUGUACGUCCUCAAAUUUGGCAAGGAAACGGCCAAAGCUAAUCUGAAUCGCGUUCCCUUCUUCGACAAUCGGAUAUCUUUGGCGAACGUCAAAGAACGGGAAGGUUUCUUGCACUCUGUUUAAUGGUGCCUCCACGCACCGUCACAUCAUCCAUCACGUAGCUUUCGUUUUGAAAGCCUGCCAUAACAGUUACCAAAAGUAUGUAGAUUAAUCGCGCAUCGAAAAUAUAUGUUUUUAUGCAUGCAACCACACUUACACUUUGGUUGUUUUGAUACAUGCAACUAUAGUUACAGCGAAGCAAUAAAAAUUGACUAGUUUUUAUUAUAAGAUGGUGCGGCGAAUUGAUUACAAAUUAUUUUAGAAAUGACUGAGAUACUAAAAGGAAAUGUAAAAGAAAACAACUUUUUUUUCAGAGAAUCCGUGCCUAAAUCAUAUGAUAAUUUAGCCUUAAGAUUUGUAUACGUAAAGGUGCCGCGACAAGACUUGAUUCAUGAUUAAUU